AUGGCCGAAGUGGAACGAUCAUCCUCCGCCGCACCGGCGAACUCAGCGCCAGCACCGCUCGGCUCGGUAACAGAACCAUUUGAUCUCAUCCGACUGUCCAUCUCGGAACGUGUCUAUGUCAAGCUACGAGGCGAUCGCGAACUGCGUGGUACCCUUCAUGCAUACGACGGACACAUGAACUUGAUCCUAGGAGAUGUGGAGGAGACCAUCUACGUUGUGGACAUCAACGAGGAGAACGGCGCAGAGACUGUUCGUGUGGUGAAGCGUCAAAGCGAAAUGCUCUUUGUUCGCGGAGACAGCGUCAUCCUCGUCUCUCCUCCCUCCAGUACCUAG